AUGUAUGCAACAAGGCUUAUCCAAGUGCUGGUCGCGGUGGUGUCCAUCCUAUGUGUGGUGCAGGCUACCUGGUGGGAUGUCCAAAAGGUUCACCACCGGGGCUUGAUUCGACGAGACGACAACCCCCUUAGUGGUAUCACCGGCGGCGGCGGCGGCGGCGACUCAUCGAGCUCUGCAGGCGCAGACGAUUCAUCCAGCAAAACAGCAGCCCCGGCGCCUCAACAGUCUUCGAGCGCUGCGCCGCAGCAACAGUCUCAGUCUUCGGCUGAUACGCCAUCAAGCUCUGCCGCCUCUCCAACGUCUGCUGCCCCUACUUCGGCUGCGCCCUCUUCAACUCCCAGCGCAGCAGACAGCAGCUCUACACCUCCGCCUACACAAGCUGGUCCCACCUCUGCCAGCUCUAGCACUCCGUCCGCAACAGAAGGUGCUGGUUCUUCCACCACUCCUCCCCCGUCCCAGACCUCAUCUAGCCAGGCCAGCGAAGGCGACAGCAGCAGCGAAGGCGGUAGCAGCAAGACUUCUGCUGCUGGGGGCAAUGAUAACAACGCCGCGGCUCCUACUACAACACCACCCCCUGUUUCGACCAAGGUUGAGGUUAUCGUCAAGACCGCCAGCGAUGGAUCCAAGACUACCGAGACUACCACAACAAGGACCACCCAGACCGCGGGCCUCAACGCAGAUAACUCCAAGGCUUCUUCAGGCAUGUCAGUGCAGACCCGCAACACCAUCAUUGGCGUUGUGGUUGGUGUUGGCGGUGCCGUCAUUCUGGGCGCGCUUGCACUAGUUGCCUUCCGAGUCUGGGGCCGCAAGAAGCAUGCUGAAGAGGCUGACGGGCUCAUGGCUUACGAUGUCGAUAUCAGUGCCGCAGAGAAGUCUCCCCGAGGUAGUUCAUCGGGCAACGGUCCUCGAAACCCAUUCCAGUCGACAUUGGAGAAUUACCACCAGCCAGUAAACGCGUCGGCCAACUUUUAA